AUGUCUUUGUUACCUUUAUUGCAUGAGCUCCUGGAUGACCGCAGGCGGCAUCCAAUGCAUGACCUGUAUGACCAACAUUUUGGAGGUGGUCUUUGGAAUAAUGAAGUCUUACAUCCCACGGCUACCUUCCUUUUGAGUCCUAUGCGAAGUGGAUACUUGAGACCCUGGAGAAACCUAGCUGUUGACGAUUCUGGAGUUUCCUCUAUUCAAGCAGACAAACAUGGGCUGCAAGUCAAUCUUGAUGUACAACAAUUUAAACCUGAAGAACUGAAGGUUUCAGUUAUUGAUGGAUACAUAGUCGUCGAUGGUAAGCAUGAAGAACGCUCUGAUGAGCAUGGUUUUGUAUCUCGUCAAUUCACUCGGCGCUACAAGAUCCCUGAUAAUGUUGAUGAGGCUGCCCUCGAAUCCAAGCUUUCUUCAGAUGGCGUACUGACAUUAAAAGCUCCUUCAAAGGCAUUACCUGACUCAAAAUCUCGGGAGAUCCCCAUCACCCACACUAACAAACCAGCAGUCAAAGAAACAAAGAAGGUUGAAGGAGAAAAGAUGGAACAAUGA